CGGGCUGCUCGGUAAUCCAGCAGCGAGUGUCGGUGUUUUUGUCGCUGUUUGCGUCUCAAACGCGCCGUUUCUAUCGUUGAUCUCGGCGUUUUGAGGGACGGAAUGUUUUAUUCCGCUUUAUUUGCUCAUCACAGCACACAGAAACACAUUGCUGCUUUAUUUGCGUUCAUAUGCGACCUUUUGCAUUGGGAAAAUCACCUGUAUUUGCAUAUAACGACGCACAUGUUGAGUGAAAUGAAAUAUUCAUGUUUAUUCAUAGUUAAAUAAUAAUUUGGCAUGAAUUGGUGCGAUGUGAACAGCGCGCAUGCGCAGAAUGUGUAAACUUCCUGCUCCAGCUGCUGGGAGGGAGAAAUGACAAUAUGGGAUUAUUUUGAUUUUCAAACUUUACUGAAAGUUCACAAUAAGCCAUUUUAUUUGUAUCUGUGAUGGAUUUGCUGCAUUAUAAAUGUGUUAGUACCCAAACUCCUCGUGGACCUUCAUGUGAAGUUGCUGAGGAAAAUUGGCAAGUCUGUGUCUGCAGACAGAUGGGAGAAGAAUCUCAUUAAGAUCUGUCAGGAGUUUAACUCCACAUGGGCAUGGGAGCUGGAAAAGAAGGGUUAUCGAGAGAUGACAGUGGAGUGUAAGACAGGAAUACUGAAGUACUUGUGUGAAAGCCAGUUUGAUGACAAUGUCAAGUUUAAGACUGCUAUCAAUGAAGAGGACCCAGAUAAAAUGCGUCUUCAGCCCAUCGGCAAAGACAAAGAUGGCCUCAUGUACUGGUUCCAGCUAGAUCAAGACCAUAAUGUGAGGGUCUAUGUGGAAGAACAGGAUGAUCUGGAUGGGUCAUCCUGGAAGUGUAUAGUAAGAAACAGAAACGACCUGGCUCAGAUCCUUGGUCUGUUGAAGACUCAGAUUGAUCCAGCACUCCUAGUAAAGAAGGAUCAGGAGGAGGGCUCGUCUAGUAACAGUCCGAACCCAGACGAUGAGGAGAAAAAGAAGAAAGAGGGAGCUGAAGUGGAGGUCAGAGAUGAGAAGUCGCAAGACGAUUUAUCCACAUCUGAAAGUAAGGAAAACAUCUUGGAGCAAGAAAAUACAAAGCAAGAAGAUCCAGAGGCCACAGAUGCUUUGUCGGAAAAGGGCUUGAAGGUGAAGGAAGAGUUACAGAAACAUUCGGAGACGUCAAAUUGCACUGGCGUUAUUGCUGGAUCUAUCAAAGAAGAGCCACAGGAUGAGGAGGAGAAAGUCAAGGACUUGUCAACACCUUCACAGACUGCAGAACAGAUGGAGGACAUGAAAAGAAAAACCUUAGAAGAGACUCAGAGAACUUUGAAAAAUGACCAUCAAGCUAAAAUCCCUCUGAAAAAGCGAGAGAUGAAACUAACCGAAGACUUUGAUGGCAACAGUGCAGGAGUACGAAAUGCAUCUGUCGCUCCGGUGAAAGAAUCACGGACAUGUUUCGAUGACAACAGAUUGAAUGCUGAAAAGAUCAAUGGCCACGUCCCUCUUAAACCAUCUGAGAGUGAAACGCAAAAAGGUUCAGAGAGUUUUCAAAAAGAAACAGCGGAGAAUGAUUCCGAAAAUCUCCCACGUGUCUUAGAUGAAUCCAAUGAGAGAAAAAAGGAGACAAAGGAUGACCAGACAGAGGAUAAGAUGGACACCAAUGAAACCAGAUUGUGUGCUGAAGAGCAGAUGGAAGUGGAGAAGCCUGGGAAAUCCCUUGCAGCCACUGCAGAUGAGAAUAAAGCAAAAUCUGAAGCUCCUCAAACUCACAAAAAGAUCUCUGGGGAAGAAAAACUCUCAACAAUAAGUGAGCAGUCAAAAAAGACACCUGGUUCUGAAAAUAUAACCCAAAAUAAAAAAUCUCCCACUUGUGAAAAUAUGGAAACUACAGAAGCAAAUACAUCAACACUGCCUGAAGAGUCAACAAAAGAUCUCUCAAAAGAAGAAUCAAUACAAGAUCUCUCAAAAAAGGAAGCAACGAAGGAUCUCUCAAAAGAAGAAGCAAAGAAAGAUCAAUUAAAAGAAGCAACGAAAGGUCUGUCAAAACAACAAACCAUAAAAGAUCUCCCAAAUAAAGAAUCAUUAAAAGAUCUCACUAGAGAAGUGUCAAUGGAAAAUCUCCCAAAAGAUCAGCCGAAAGAACAGUCAAUGAAAGCUCUCUCAAAAGAAGGGUCAUCAAAAAAAGAGACAAUAAAGAAUCUUCCAAAUGAAGAAUCAAAAAAAGAAGAAGAGUCACAGAAAGUUCUCACAGAAGAAAGUCAAAAAUCUCCCAAAGACUCGGACAACUCCAAUAAAGCCCUGGAAAGACAAGAUCCAACUGCUUCCAUGGCGAUGGAAACUGAACCAUUCCAGUCAUCUAAAAUGGAGGAGUCCUCUUCCCAUGAAGUAAUCAAACCACAUUCUGGCACAGAAAAGCCACAGAACACUGAAGAAAUGAAAACUCAUCACAGCUCUGCAGACACCACCACAGAAAAAAAGUCAGCUGCCCCUGUCUCAAAAACUGAAAAACAGUAUAUGUCUGAAGCAGACAAACUCUCAACCAAGGGUGAAAGCCAGUCCAUUGCCUCUAAACCUUCUGAAAAUACAGGUGGCCCUCAAGACAAAGCAAAAGAGCGGUCUGCCUCCAAGUCGGCAUCAAGGGAUCCUGAAAAAUCAUCUGUUUCUGAUUCAAUGAAGAAGCCAAGUACGCCAAAAACCACAGAGAAAGUAGAUGGUGAGGAAAAAUGUGACACAGCUGAAUCGGAUAAAAAUUCAGAAACGACAAAAGAAAAAGAUGCAAAGGUUGAACCUGCAAACAGCUCUGAAGAAUCUGCAGCGAAAAAAUUGGUUAAAGAAGUUAAAGCUUCAGAACAACCCAAUGAACCCAACAGUUCUGAGAAACCUCCUUCUGAAAGAGAACAUGAAAAGGAACCAGAUUCAGAGGAAGGGAACAAAGAGAAGCAAAUGGAAGUUGAUUCAGAGAUCACUAAAUCUGAUGAAGUACAAUCGGCUGUUAAGGAGGUAUGUGAGACUACAAGAGCAAGUAAGAAGAAAACUGAUGUUCCUGUGGAUCAAAGCAGCACCUCAAGCAAACAAUCUGAGCAAGAAGCAACUUCUGAACAACGUGAGGCUUCAGGUGAUGUUCAAGAAAAGAGCAACGCAGCUCUGAAAAGCAGUAAAAGACCAGGACGGCCUUCAAAGAAAUCUCAGGAGAGUCAGGAUGAGGAUAAAACAGGAGAAGAACAAGAAGAAAAGACUGACUUGCAACAGGAAGGAAUUCGUCUGAAGAUUAAAAUCCCAGCUCACAGACGGAAGGCCGAACUCCAGAAAGAAGAGGCCAAGGGAGAUUCAGAGUCUGAGACGACUGAGGGCAGAUGCUUGCGGAGGUCUCCGAGAAUCUGCAGGCCCACUGCUAAAGCUGUCGAGAUCCAGGAUAGGAGGGCGGAACGGAAGCAGGCGACUCCAGUGUCGGAGAAAGAAAAGGAUGAGAAAGAAAAGGAUGACAAUGAAGAAAAAGAGGAUGAGGAAUCUGUUCAGAGGAAACCGAAGAAAGCUGAGCCAGAUGGCCAAACGAAACCAAAGCAGGUGGGGAGACGUCGAAAACGACAACCAUGGUCUCGAAUGAGACGUAAAAAGAAAUGUUCUGAAGAUGAUGAUGAGGAAGAGGAGAGCGAGAGUGAGGAAGAGGAGACGGAGGAGGAUGACAGCGAUGAAGACUACAAGGUGGAGAAGACCAGAAAGAGAAGGAGAAACCGAAACCGAGAGCGGAACAGCUCUGACUCCUCUACCUCUUCAUCAGAAGAUGAUCAACCCAAUGAUGACCCCUGCAAACACUGUGGCCUUCCCAAUCAUCCCGAGCUGAUACUCCUGUGUGAUUCCUGUGACAGCGGCUACCACACUGCCUGUCUGCGGCCUCCGCUCAUGAUCAUUCCAGAUGGGGAAUGGUUCUGUCCUCCCUGCCAGCAUAAACAACUUUGCGACAGGCUUGAAGAGCAGUUGCUGAAUUUGGAUGCCGCCCUCAAAAAGAAAGAACGUGCAGAAAGAAGGAAAGAGCGACUGGUAUAUGUUGGCAUCAGCGUGGAGAACAUCAUUACACCCUCCGUGGAAGUGGAAGAAGAAAAGGAAGAGGAGGUGGUGAACGAGAAGGAGACAAAGAAGAGCAAAAGUUGGGGGCGUAGAUCAACCAGGGCAAAGAAAUACAUAAGCUACAGAUUUGAUGAGUUUGAUGAAGCGAUCGAAGAGGCAAUCGAGGAAGACAUCAAAGAGGCAGAGGGGGGAGGAGCAGGCCGGGGGAAGGACAUGGCGAACAUCACAGGCCACAGAGGGAAGGACAUAUCCACAAUCCUACAGGAGGAUGGGAAAGAGAACGGCCGACCGCGGAGACCAAGUGCAGCUCAGAAGAAAAAGAGGCGGCGUCUCAACGAUCUGGACAGCGACAGCACUGUGGACGAAGAAGAGAGCGAAGACGAGUUUCGUCUUAGUGACAGCAGUUCAGAAGAGGAGGAGUUUGUGGCUUCUGAUAACGAAGCAGAGAGUGAAGCAGAAGCCCCGUCCUUGGAUGACAGUGACUUUGGGAGUGAUGCAGAAGGCCCGCAGAUAAAAACUUCAAACAGACGGGCAGCACGGUGUCGAAACAGAAGACAGCCGCCACGCAGGAGACGCAGACCCAGAGGAUACUCUGAUGAAGAGGAGCUGGAAACUGAUGAAGACGAGGAAGAGGACGAGAUGGUGACGGAAGGCUCUAGUGAAUUCAGUGACAGCGAUCUGGACAUCCGCUAUCGGCGGUCCUAUCGAAGCCGUAAGCAACAGGUGAAUUACUGUGAAAGUUCAGAUACUGAUGGCUCACAGGCCAGCACCAACAGAGACAAAAAGAAACGCAGACGUCUUUCCAGCUCUGACAGUGAAGUUAGUUUCCAGUCAGCUGAAUCUGAUGAAGAAGACAGGAAGCCCAAGAAGAAAAGGGCGGACUCGUCCGAGGAAGAAUCCAGGAAACGGCGCAGACGCCUGUCCCUUAAACGGCGGAGGGAGUCGGAGGAUGACGACGAAGACGGCGACGAUUCAGACGAAUCCGAGGAAGAGGAACGGCCCGUCCGGAAGCGUGUGAACCGCAUCGACUCUGACGACAGCGAAGGUGAAGAAGAAGAGGAGGAGGUGAAGAAGAGCCCGCUGGAGAAAGAGACAGAGGAGACCGUUGGCAAAGGGCCCAGUCCACUAGACUACAACUUGGUCGAGCUUCCUCCCACUAAUGGACAAAGCCCAAUGAAGGGUUUAGAGGGCCUCAUGCCACGACCCGGGGUGGGAGUGACGCCUAAAAAUGGCAGCGCCCCUUCGGCUGUAACCAUAGCGCCGAAUGGCCUGGAGAUUCCCGCACAGGACGAAGAUGAAGAUGACCUUUUGGGCGUCACAGACCUCGUAGACUAUGUCUGCAACAGUGAACAGUUAUAACUCUGUAUUCUUUUUCUUUUUUUUUUGUUACAUUUUUCUCUUUUUUUUUUCCCGACCCUCAUCCUGUUUUCAGCACCGUCAGCACGGAUUAUGUCAACAGUCCCUGUUAAAUGUGCCAGCAGAACAGAUCAGGGACAACUCGGCUUCGGUGGCACAAUAAUAGCUGUAAAUAUUUUACUGAGCAGAAGUAUCAAGGGAAGGACAACGCAAUCCUUCCGAGAGACUCCCCGAGAUAUUCAUUCUAAAGUAUUGUUUUUUUGUUCUAUAAGAGUGAACGCUCUCAAACCCUCUCUGGAAACAACCUCUAAAACCUCUUUUUACACUAAUCACACAGCCAUGCUCACGCUCACACGUCUGACGUAGAGACAUUUGUCGAGUUUACGUGCGUUUUGAUCUUCACUGCUGUCAGUUGCACAUUUCAGAAAGAACCGGAAGUAGGUGGAGUCAAUACAAACGGGGAGGGGCCAGAGACAAACCGCAUUUCAGUGAAAUUCCACACGCAUUCGGUUCCACUCAGAGGCCAUUUUUAAACGUUCAUCUUUUAUAAUCUUAAUUGGAGUGGAAGUUGAAUUUCUACCGAUUGGUUUCAUAGUGUCAUUUGGUGGGGAAAUGUUUUUAUUAAGUGAUGUCAUUAUAAGCUUUGUUUUGUUAUACUAUUUAUUACAGAAAUUGUAAUUUGUACCUGAAAUUAUCGCUUGGUUGUAGAGCUGCUCGCACCAUUAGAGCAAAAGAUUCCUGGAAGUUUCUAAGAAAUGUCUAUUAGUGAAAAAUUGCUCAUUUUCUUAUGCCAACAUACUAAAAAUGUAUUGAAUCCUGUUGCUUUGGUCUGUUUUAGCACCAUGUUUUAAUUGGAAGUCGAACACUAUUUACUCUGGCAGCUUUUCAAUGCGUCAAAUGCCAAAUCUUCCACUCGAGGAUGAUAAAACGCUGAGUACUCUAACCCACACCGAUGUGUUUCUCUGAGUGAUUCCUUAAAGUUUAGUGCUGUUCAUCUCAUUUUAGAGCAGAUGUUCCACCGUGCCCUGCUUAUGUCUGUGUUUCGGUGCACAAUAUUAAUUUUCUUUAUCUAAAUAUACGAGUAUAAUCAUUGUAAUGUUUUCCUUUUUGUAACAUUCUAGUGAUGUAUGACAUUAAUGUUUUUUGUUUGUCAUCAAUUACAAAGCAAUACAUUUUUCUUACAAGACAUACAGGAAGAGAUUCAUCAUCUCUUUGUUUCGUCUAUUUUUAAAAGACCGAAAUUCACGUCACCGGUGACAUUAAAAUGAUUUCCGACCCUUCCGAGAGCAGCGUGAUGCGAGACGCCCCUCUGAGAUGUAUGAACACGUCUGAGAAACAUGGUAUAGUCUUGCAUUAUCCUGGUGUGUAUAUCUGUAGUUUUUGCUGUAAAAUAUUAGAAGCAUUUUUAAAUCAUUUAAAGUAUACAUAGCAGUCCUUUUAUGAUUGCAGCUGUUUAUAAUUUGUUUUGUAGGUACAUUUGUACCACUCCAAAGUGGGUGCGUCUGUCUCAUUUUCAUCAGUGCAUUUUUUUUUUUUUUGUCUUUCUUUGAGGGUUUUCAGUCUCGCUGUCCCAUUUCCACUGAUUGCUAAAACAUUUACAAGAAAGAUCUGUUCUCAGAGGGAAAAGCAUUCAAUAUAAAGCCCAACAGACAGUUUAAUUGUUUUGAUGUCAGCAUUGAUAGACAAAAGCGGUGUAAAAAUGUCUUGUACAUUAAUGUUUAUGCUUGGCAUGCACAUAUCUUCUAGUCUGAUUUAUUUGCUCUUGCAGCAUUAGGGCAUCAGAUUUUAAGAAUAAAACUUCCCUGGUUUUUUUACAAAUAUAGUUUUAGACAUGCUGAGAUGAAGAGCGUCAUUAGGUACUAGACCACAGUGCAUUUUCCCCCCCGAGCUGGUCUAUUUACAGUAUUGGGCCAGUGUUCAUUUCUUGUGUAAUUUAAAAAUCAAAGGUACAGACAUCGAUUUAAAAUUGAGGCCCAGCCUAUAAUGACACAGUAUAUAUUUGUAUUUCACAUAAAAAUAAAAAAAAAAUCUGAUAUUAUGUAAUGAGGGAUGCCAACACCAGUGUUUGAAGAUAUUUGGCUGAUGUAGUUUGACAGCAGAUGGACAGAUGCCGUCUGGUUUUAGCUUUUAGAAAUGUUCUUUGUGUUCGUCUGUUCUUCUUUUGGAUGUUUUUGUUAACUGUAUUGUAAUUUCUUUCAUAUGAUUUACUAUCUUGUACAUUUGUCAUAAUAAAAACGAAAUGAAACCUG